AUGGCUCGGCCUCAAGAACGAACUGCAUGGAAUGAUUCAGCCUUUGAAGACAACCCUUAUAUUUCCACAAGACACCAAAAGCCUUACGCCGUCCCUUUUAUAACAGAAAUUCCGCAGCCGAGAGAUCAUAUCCAUGGCCUACCAGAUUCAGCCUCCCGGAUGGCAAAUCCCGUUGGUACAGGUCCACCCGAAGUCACCAACAGCACCUCACAGGGAAAUGGCGAUUCGAAUAGGCCGACGGCUAUAGCAUGGCAGGAUCCUAUACUAGCCUUCCUCUUUUUCAUCGCAGGUCUGUUUACAGCGGUGGGCCACCACAUAUACUACGGGGUCCUAGAUGGAACUCCCGUAAACAGCGACAGCCAGCAGGUCUGGGCUAUUCGCAUAGGAACUGGCCUUGCUUUCCUCACCCGGACUUGCCUUACCGCUACACUUGGGAUCGUCGUGGUGCAGCAAUUCUGGGCAACGUUGAGGAAGAGAGCCAUGACGAUUGAAGCUAUUGACAGCAUGUUCGGAAUCAUGACUAACCCAUGGCUGUUCUUGAAUAAGGACAUGCUGAUGCAUGCAAAACGGGUUUGCGCCUUUGCUGCUAUUUCAUGGCUUCUCCCCGUAAUCCCCAUCAUAACACCAGCGACGCUAUCCGUAUACUCGCACGCAAGUCAAGCCGAGUUGACCCUCGAAGUCCCCACCUUCAACUUUUCCAACCCUAGCGGGUGGGCAACUUACGGCGGCGCCGGGGUGAUCUCAGGGGUCGGCCCCGAAGUGUCUCGCCUCUUCACGAGCGUCUACACCUCCAACACGUUUGCACCACUCACGCCCCCUUUCCCCAACUCUUCCUACGACAUGGAGUUCUGGGGCCCGUCUUACAAAUGUUCCAGCCUCGAAGAAUUCAGCGCCAAAAAUAACCCACCUACCUGGAGUACAUCGGGCCUCCACAACUACACCACCGUCGAAGACGACUUCUACGCGGAAAUCGGCUCCUGGGCCUCGCCGGGCAACAGCACCCUCACGAACCCGGCGUACGUCUUCAAAGGCACCGAUUCCAAAUCCCUCGUCAACACGAUCUACAUCGGGACGUCGGGGUUCAACGCGUUCUGGGACAACAGCGCUCGCCGCAACGUGCGGCUCGUCUGCCAGCUGCACAACACCUCGUACGCCGUCACCGUCGGCUUCGACAACGGGAUCCAGUCGAUCCGGGAGAACGCCAUCGCCGACAUGGGCUUCCAGAACUGGAGCACCUCCGGCUACGACUCCCCGUUCUACAACGACAACGCCUGCGCCCCCGACCCGUCGGGCGCCAACGUGACGAUCUGCCCGACGUACUACGUCUUCCAGCAGCUGUUCUCCGAGUUCCUCACCGGCAGCGUGACCGUCAGCUCCGUCGGCGACCUGCUCUACACGCCGCCCUCCUCCUCCCCGCAAGCGUCGUCGUCCGGCGCCGGCUCCGCGCCCCUCUUCCGCUCGGGCCUCAUGGACUGCGCCGACAUCGCCAACUCCUCCGUCAUCACCUCCGACGCCGACAUCGACGGCGGACGCCUCAAGACCUUCGGCCGCUGCCGCAACCGCACCCUCGCCGCCGCCGUCGAGGACCUCGCCCGCAACUUCACCUACAGCCUCCUCGCGUACCAGAGCUGGGCCGACGACGGCGUCGCCGAGCGCGCCCACGUCACCGUCACGAGCCUCGUCAACUUCUUCGCGUACAACCGGGCGCUGCUGCUGGUCGCGUACGCGGCCGCGGCGGCGGCGACGCUCGCGUGCGCGGUGGUGGGCGCGGCGGCGCUGAGGACGAACGGGUUCACGGGGAGCAUGGCGUUCUCGGCGGUGCUGCUGACGACGCGGGGCGGGGGGUUGGAGGGGCUGGCGGAGGGGAGGUGGUUGGGGGAGAAGCCGCUGCCGAGGGGGGUGAGGGAGGCGAGGUUGAGGUUUGGGGUUGUCAAGGGGGGGGAGGGGGAAGGGGCGCAUGCGGGCUUUGGGCUGGAGGGGGCGGUGGUGCCGUUGGGAGGUAUGUCAUCUCGAUGA